AUGGCGUCGUCCGCCAUGCACGUAUCCAUUCUUUCCCUCCUCCUCCUAGCCACCACAGUGAGCAUCCCGCAUGCCUCUUCUCGAGCCGCCCCCUCCCAGGCGGACGGCGGCGCUACCGGCGGCAAGGCCGUGUACACCAAGGUGUGCGACGCGUCCCGGUUCAUGGCUGCCGGGCUGGACAUGUCCAAGUACCGGUACUGCAACGCGUCGCUUCCGUACGGCGACCGUGUGCGCGACCUCAUCGGCUGGAUGACGGUGGAGGAGAAGGUGUCCAACCUCGGCGACUGGGCUGACGGCGCGCCCCGUGUCGGCCUUCCCCCGUACAAGUGGUGGUCGGAGGCGCUACACGGGCUCUCCAGCACCGGCCCCACCACCAAGUUCGACGACCCCAAGAAACCGCGCCUCCACUCCGGCCGCGCCGCCGUCUUCAACGGCACUGUCUUCGCUAACGUCAUCAACAGCGCCGCCUCCUUCAACGAGUCCCUCUGGAAGUCCAUCGGCCAGGCGAUCUCGACGGAGGCCCGAGCGAUGUACAACCUGGGCAAGGGAGGGCUGACGUACUGGAGCCCCAACAUCAACGUGGUGCGCGACCCGAGGUGGGGCCGCGCGCUGGAGACGCCCGGCGAGGACCCCUACGUCGUCGGCCGCUACGCCGUCAACUUCGUGCGCGGCAUGCAGGACGUCCCGGGCCACGAGGUGGCCUCCGACCCCAUGUCCCGGCCGCUCAAGACCUCCGCGUGCUGCAAGCAUUACGCCGCCUACGACGUGGACGACUGGUACGACCACACGCGCUUCAAGUUCGACGCCCGCGUCGAGGAGCGCGACAUGGUGGAGACCUUCCAGCGCCCGUUCGAGAUGUGCGUCCGCCAUGGCGACGUCAGCAGCGUCAUGUGCUCCUACAACCGCGUCAACGGCAUCCCGGCCUGCGCCGACGCGCGCCUCCUCUCCGGCACCAUCCGCCGCGACUGGGGCCUCCACGGCUACAUCGUCUCCGACUGCGACGCCGUGCGCGUCAUGACCGAUAACGCCACAUGGCUGGGCUACACCGCGGUCGAGUCCACCGCCGCCGUGCUCAAGGCCGGGCUCGACCUCGACUGCGGCGAGAGCUGGAUCGUGCAGGACGGCAAGCCCGUCAUGGACUUCCUCACCACCUACGGCCUGGAGGCCGUCCAGAAGGGCAAGACGCGCGAGUCCGACGUCGACAACGCGCUCACCAACCUCUACAUGACGCUCAUGAGGCUCGGCUACUUCGACGGCAUGCCCAGGUACGAGUCCCUCAACGAGAAGGACAUCUGCAGCCACGACCACAGGAGCCUCGCCCUCGACGGGGCCAGACAGGGCAUGGUGCUCCUCAAGAACCACGGCGGCCUGCUGCCCCUUGACCCCAAGAAGUUCGGCGCCGUCGCCGUCCGCGGCCCACAUGCCGAGGCGCCUGAAAAGAUCAUGGACGGAGACUACACAGGGCCGCCUUGCCGGUACGUGACGCCGCGAGAAGGCAUAAGCAAGGACGUGAAGAUCUGGCAUCACGCAAACUUGACCAUCUACUUUGGUGGCAUAAACAUGCACAUCGAGAGGGAGGGCAACGACAGGGAGGAUCUCCUCCUGCCCAAGAACCAGACGGAGGAGAUCCUCCACAUCGCGGCGGGAUCGCCUAACCCGAUCGUCCUCGUCGUCCUCGUGAUCCUGUCCGGCGGCGGCAUCGACAUCUCCUUCGCGCAGGGCAACCCCAAGAUCGGCGCCAUCCUCUGGGCCGGUUACCCUGGUGGGGAAGGUGGCAUCGCCAUUGCUGAUGUCAUCUUCGGAAGAUACAGUCCAGGAGGACGGCUGCCACUGACAUGGUUCAAGAACAAGUACAUCCACCAGAUUCCUAUGACGUCCAUGGAGCUACGGCCGCGGCCGGACCACGGAUACCCGGGGCGGACAUACAAGUUUUACGACGGGCCGUAUGUGCUUUAUCGGUUCGCCCACGGCCUGAGCUACACCAAGUUCCGAUACGAGAGCAGCGCUGGCAACGGCACCGCAGUGGCCGGCGCGCCCAUCAAGCAGGUGGUGGCGUUCCAGAGGGUGUUUGUGAAGGCGGGCGGCGCAGCGACCGUUGGGUUCUCGCUCAAGGUGUGCGAGGCGUUUGGCAUCGUGGAGAAGACGGCGUACACCGUCGUGCCGUCAGGCGUCAGCACCGUCCUCCUUGAGAACGGUGACACGUCGUCGCCGUCGUCGGUGUCUUUCCCCGUCAAGAUCAGCUUCUCUACUUAG